UCACUGUUCCUUCCCCCUCCUCCUCCGCCAUCGCUUUUCCCAUUUUCUUCUCUCUACUAUUCUAUACAUACACGUAGAAGAUAUAUUGAUUAUACUAUAUACAUAAACAACAUACGUAGCAGGUAUUAUACACAACUAUACAUACGCAACACUUGAACAAAUUUUGGGCCGGGGUUGGUAUAGUAACAAUGAGCAAUGGCAGCAGCAUGAACAGCGGUGCUGGAGGAGGAGCAGCGUCAAGGGUUUCAAUCGCGAGCAAUGUGCGGGAGACGAUUCGGCAGAUAAAGGAAAUCACUGGGAAUCACAGUGAGGAGGAGAUAUAUGCGAUGCUUAAAGAAUGCUCCAUGGAUCCCAACGAGACUACGCAGAAGCUCCUCUUCCAGGAUACCUUUCAUGAAGUAAAGAAGAAACGUGACCGGAAGAAAGAGAAUAUGAACAAGGGGUUUGCAAAGCCUAAUUGGAAACCGGGCAUGCAGGGGUGCUGGAAUAAGGGUGGCCAUGGAAACUAUCCAUCUCAUUAUGCAUCUCAUGAUUCUGGCAGGGGAAAAAACUCUGGCAAGGAAAACCAAACCAGCCAAAUGUUGGAGAAGAGCAUUAGCCGUACCUCUGUUCCUACUCUACGGGAGGAGAAAAGUAUUUCAAGCUUGUCAAUAGCCUUACCUAAUGGAUCAAGCAGUGGAUCUUCUGGAUCAGAUGCUGGUGAUGUUAGUGGUAAGUUGGAGGGGCAGCAAUGUCCAGCACCAAUUGAUGCAAGGAAAAGCCCUAAAGUUGGACAAUGUACUAGGGAUACACAUAGGCAUCCUAGUAUGAAUGGCAACACUGCUACAUCAACUGCUUUAGUUCCCUCAUCAAGAGCUUAUUUCUCAACAUCAGAUCCAGUGCUAUUGUCUUCACAAGAUUCACAAUCUAUUGGUACAGUGGAAGGACUUAGAUGUGAACUUGGAAGCCAGCAUGUCCCUGUUAAACAUGCCCCUUCUGACUCUAAUGACAGCAAGACACCCUCUGCUAGCAUUGCUAAAGAUUGGAAGCUGAAGGCUGCAAAUGCAAAUUCUGCUCAGGCAUCUGAUGCAGGCACUUCAGCUGAACUUUCUAUGGUUUCUGUUGAAGCCCAAACUGAAAGGAAGCCUAGGCCAGAUGUUAUGGAACUUCAAAAGAAGUUAAAGGAGUCGAUGAACAUUUUGGAAGUUCGACAUGUUAUUAUCCCAAGUCACUUUCAGGUUCUUGAAGCUGAAAAACUUGGGUUUUGUUUUGGAAGCUUUGAUGCUAACUAUUACUUAGACACAAAUUCAAACAAUGUACCUCAGGAUGACAAGAAGCCACUUAUUUCCAAAACUACUGAGCAUAUUGAAGAAACUGCAAGAGAGCAAUUUCCAAGGAAUGAAAGUGAAUUGACAACUGUAGAUGUAGAUGUGGCAGAAGAUUUUGAUCAUCCUCAGUUGUCUUCACAUGGGCAGGAGAAUCCUCCAUCCAAGGGAGAUGAAGUCUUGCCCUCUGCUCCAAAAUACAAAAUAUUAAAACAAGAGAGUGUGCAUGGAGGACAGCAACAUUCUGCCGUUCAUACAUCUCCCAACUACAGCUUUGGUUUCAUGCCGCCAAUAUUAGGCAGUCAGCUUCGAUCUUUUGACAGCUGUGAUUCUCAAACUAGUGAUGUGUCUUGUCCUCCAAACUUUGUUGGUGGCAGCCACCUGGUUUCAUCUACAGCAGCUGCAACACCGCUUGUGACUCAACUUUCUGGGCUUAUGCAAAGUUCUAUAGGUGUAACUCAGCCGCCUCUCCCUCUAUUUCGACAACCAGCUGGAGUGCACCUUCCUCAUUAUAUUCCAUAUGGUCACUAUUUGUUACCAUUUUACAUUGCGCCACUGACAAUCCAACAAUUAUUUAGCAAUGGUUCAUUACCUCAGCAACCUCUGGCUGGCAGUCUAUAUCCACCACCACCACCACCACCACCACCAGUUGCCAAAUAUUUACCAUCACAAUAUAAGCAGGGGUCUAAUUCGGCAAACGUAACUCACAUUGGGGCCCCUGGUAACUAUGGACCACAUGACUCUACAGCCAAUUAUAAUCCUGCUUCUGCAACAGUUGGGAACCCGUCAUCUAAUGAUGAAAAUUCUGCAUCUCAAUUCAAGGCGAGCUCCUUCUAUAGUUCUCCUCGGGGUCAAGUGGCAUUUACUACACCCCCGCAGCCUGUUCAUGGAACGGCCUCUGGUCUUUACCAUCCGGUGCCUCCUGUGACGACCCCUACUGUUCACCCCCUGCUACAACAGUCUCAAUUGUUGGCUGGACCACUUGAUAUUGUGGGACCCGCAGCCAGCAUAUAUCAUCAACCACUACAUUCACAUAUUACCUGGCCAAGCAGCUACUAAGCUAGCAAUAUAGUUUUCCACUGUAAAACAGGAACAAGAAUUCAUACUCGGAAAUGAGGUACGAUGAUACAGAGAUUGAUAGUAAAUGAUGAAGGUGGCCUAGGUAUCUUUUUAUUGCUCGGGCCGAAGAUUGAAAGGAUGAAACCAACCAUCUUAUGAGAGAAUCAAAGUUUUAUACGGAUAUUACUUUAGCAGUCCUACUGAAAUUGUUUUCUCAUCAAUUUGCCAAGGGCCAUCUAAGUCUUCAGUUUCUUAGGAUCAGCAUGGAGGGUCAAAAAUCUUUAUAUUUGCUUUCUUGCUUUCUCCUUUUGGAAGGUUAGGACUCAAAAAAGCAAAUCAGUUUUGGGUGUUCAGGGAGUUUAGAUAUACUUUUGUUUCUCUUCAUCAUAUGCUUCAGCAGCUUUUUUGUAAGGCAUUUUGACAGCAAGCUAAGGUGUAUCAAUACUGUUGUAACCACUAACCAGUAGCUGGUAUAAACAAAUUUGAGGCA